GAGAAAACAACUGUCCAGAUGAUGUAUCAGAAAGGCAUGUUUAAAUUAGGCUACAUUGAGGAGAUGGGUGCUCAGGUCCUUGAACUCCCUUAUGCUCAGAAGUCACUGAGCAUGAUCAUCCUGCUGCCUGGUGACAUGCCUGAUGGAUCUACCAGUGGGCUGGAGCAGAUUGAAAGCACAAUGACCUAUGAAAACUUAAUGCUGUGGGCCUCUUCAGAGCACAUGUUUGAGACAAGAGUAGAGGUAUACCUCCCCCGAUUCAAGCUUGAAGGCACCUUUAACCUCAAUGAGGUAUUACAGGAGAUGGGGAUGACUGACAUCUUCACUGAAUCAAAAGCUGAUCUUUCUGAUAUGUCGUUUGCAAAAUCUCUGGAGCUGUCAAACGUUGUCCAUAAGACGUAUGUGGAAGUCAAUGAAGAGGGCACUGUAGCAGCAGCUGCUACAGGCGCUGUCAUUGUGAGGAGGUCUCUUCCUCUCACAGAGGUGUUUAUGGCUGACCACCCUUUCUUAUUCUUUAUUAGACACAAUCCUACCAAUAUUAUUCUUUUCUUUGGCAAACUCUGCUCACCUUAA